UUGAAGAUCGACAUCUGAUGAACCUCUUUGUCUUUGCUAUCUUCGCAACCCAUAGCUUUACAAACUUCUCGUUGACCAGCUAACAACGGCAACUUAGCUAAAGCACGAGUUUUAAAUUGGAUUACCGUGCAAAGAACAACAUGGCGUCGUUCAGAAUUGACGAUAUUUUAGCUCGACCACAGGUAUCCCGGUCCCAAACUGGCAGUGGAAUUGGCGCAUCAACCCCGAUACCAAAUUAUCAACAGUUAAGCUUUGGCGUAGACCAAAUACUCGCAAGACACGAAACGGAACAAAGAGAAAGACUACCUGUGUUAGGUGCUUACCCAUUGGUUCCUAGCGCAUGUGAUCACUUACACGCCACUUAUUGGGCUUCACCUUAUUUAGCUACGCAUGCGCAGCCUUUACUUUGUGGAUCGCUCCUUCAUUCAAAUUGUGAAGCUUGCUACAGCCAUACUCCAUACUCGUACAGCUCAUUAACAGGCAUGUAUGGCGAAUAUGGCACCUCUGUUCUUAACAAAACGAUACCAGGCCAAGUCUUACCCGGCCAACCAAAGCCGAGGAAACCAAGGAGGCCUUGGACAAGGGCAGUGUUUUCUAAUCUUCAGAGGAAGGGACUGGAAAAACGCUUCCAGCUUCAGAAAUAUUUAACAAAAGCCGAUCGACAUCAGCUGGCAUCUAUGUUGGGGUUGUCUGACAACCAAGUGAAAGUCUGGUUUCAAAACAGGCGAAUGAAAUGGAGACAAGAAGCGAGAGAGACAAUAACAACCGGCAGUCCUGAGGAAGGUUCAGAUAAGCAAGACCAAUAGUUUACAGUCCCUCACGGUCGUAAUAUUUUAAAGCUCAAGGAAGAGAAGACCGAAGAAUCAUCUCUUCACCGAGAAAUGAAAUAAAUUAGUUACGGAUGAAAAUAUGUAUCCGAAGUUAGUUAAACAGGAGUUUAAUUUAUUAGGUGAUAAAUUUAUCAUCUUUGUGUAAAAAGGUUUAGAAAUGCUUGACGUGAAUUCCAAUGGCCCGUUUCUCGUAUGUCCUGAUGGUAACCGGCCUCAAAAAACUGUAUUUUUUUUUACUUGUUUACAUUUAGGUUCGAGACAUUAGUAGUUAUGAUAUUCCAUGAAAAUAUCAGGAACGAAACAGAAUGCACUGGUAUUUGAGUUCAGACCAGCUGCUCUGUUCCUUCAUAGACCUAGAUUUUAAAAUGAGGUCUCGUGCUAAUAAAGUAACCAGGACCUCGAGAAAGGCCCCAGGUCCGGUAACUUGGUUAAGUUCAUUUUAAUCCACGGGCGAAUAACCAUGCAUUCUUAAUCAGAGGGUUUCAGAGUUUUCUCAAGGCUUUGCAACCUUCUUGUUUCUACGAGGAGAUUCUUUAUAUUUUAAAAUAAUUUUGAUAAACAUUCUACUGUUCGCAACUCGAAAGCGAGGCUACUUGGUAAACUAGUUGGUAAACUUUUUAUCGUGUUUAGUUUUAUGGUUACUUCUAUUACAUGAUCAAUCCCUUUGUAAAAUCUUUGAGCUCAAGAGCUUUUGCUUCACAAUGAAAGAAGCAAUCAUAUGACAUCUGGUGCCACGUGCAAAAAAGGUGCCAAACACGAAAUUCAAACAUCAAAAUUGAUGGCAUUUGUUAAAAGGCAUAUACAUACAUUAGUUCAAUGCUUAAAAAUAUUGUUUACGCUUUCGUGAUUCGUCAUAAUUUUUAGGAGGCUUUUCUGUCAGAGAAAAGCAUGCUUUUAAAGUAAAUUGAUGCAGAGAUACGUCAGAACUUUCUAGGAUAAAUGAAAAUUAGAAGGAUGAUCAUGAUGUUGACUAUAGGACUGUAAAAUGAGAUAAAUUUACAUGAAAUGUCACCAACAAAAUAAAGGAAAAAAAAACUAAGAGAUAAGAGACUUAAGACACAGAUAUAACGAGUUCAAGUGAAAAUAAUGGUGUCCAGAUAUUUGUAACCUUUUUUGAACUUCCUUCAAAGAGAAGGCGAACACAAAUUAUCAGUUCUAAGGAAUACAUCAACACAAGAGGUAGCACUGACUCGCUUAAAGAGAGAGAGAUAGGGUGAUUCACAGAGAGUGUAAUUGAUAAAUUUGAAAUUUUAGCAUGAAUUUUGCAAUCUAAAACUGACAGUGGUGUUCAUCCUCCUAGUUCAUCUUUUACUGUGAUCUCCACUUCAAAGUCACUUCGACGCAAAAGAAUAUUCGCCACACAAAAUUUGUUGUAUGCCACACAUGAGCACAAUACAUUUCUCAUAGUUUAAGGAUAAAGGUGAAAUAUUGUCGGAAGAAAGCUGUGUUUUAAAAUUAAAUACAUCACCGAUCUUAAAGUCGCAUAUACUCCUCUUGAUUGCGGGUCACGACAAGUGAAACUGACUACUCUUCGUUCAUUGCCUUUCUGACUGAGAAAUCUUUUUAGGAUCAGUUCUGUCUGAAGGAAAACAUCCAUGGGAAAAGCUUCGCAAUUUUGUCGACAAAUGUCCUUUUCGAAUCGCUUAUAGAAGCAUAUUGGCUAUCGACGAGAUUUUCAUUUUCAAAAACUGGUUCGUUAUUUUAAACUUUUCUAAACUUUUCAUCUACAAUGUAAAUAAAAAAAAAAUUGAAGCUUGAAGGGAAAACUUUGACGCACCUUAUAAAUUCGAUUUGUGACAGGCCACCCAAGCCACCCGCUAUGCUGUAAAUGAAGUUUCUCUAAUUAUAUUAAAAAAGGAACUAAAAGGAGAAGUUUAAGGUUGCUUUUGAUAAACUCUUACAUCAGUGAAAGCUUUUCGUUUAAUAUUGAAAAGAGUUCAAUUACAUACUUUACUAGCCAUUCGUAUUUAGUUCAGUUUAGCAAGAAGCAAGAGGCGCCCUUUCAAAGGAGUGCAUUGAUCAACAUAAGGUAUUUUAAC